AUGGACCUGGGGUACUUUCCCCUCGCCUUUCCGCCCGGGCUCUCCGGGACGCCACGGCCCCCCUGCCCCCGGCGGGGGGACGGACCCUUCCCGGCGCUGGGCUCCGCGCCGCCCCCGCCUCCCGCCGGCCCGGGGGCGGCAGGGUUCGCGGUGCCCCCUCCCGCGCCGCCGGGUCCUGGCUGCCGCCCGCCCCGCGGGGCCGAGCCGCCGCACUUCGCCCCCUCCGUCCUCCCUGGGAGCGGCCGCCCGCCCCCCGGCCCCGCUGCCCCCGGCUCCGCGGCCCGCGCGGCCGCCCCGGCGCCCCGCACCUUCGAGUGGAUGCGAGCGAAGCGGAGCCCGCCCGGGAGAAGUGACGCGGCGCCCUGCGGGGGAGAGCAUCCCCCCUGCCCCGCACGCACCAGCUUCAGCACCCGGCAGCUCACGGAGCUGGAGAAGGAGUUCCACUUCAGCCGGUACCUGUCGCGGGCUCGCCGCCUCGAGGUGGCCCGCUCGCUGCGCCUCCGCGACGCCCAGGUGAAGGUCUGGUUCCAGAACCGCCGCAUGAAGCAGAAGAAACGGGAGCGGGAGGCGCCGGCCGCCCCUGCGGCCCCGGGAGGCUCCGCGUGAUGCUCGGGGGCUGCGCCGGGACCCGCGGGCACCCCCGGAUCCCCCGACCGGCGCCGCUCAGCUCCGCGACUUAUCCGCGGUUUUAUGUGUGAGGAUUCAGGGGAAGGUGCCCAGGAAGCGCUGCCGCCGGUGCCGCGGGCUGGGACCGCCGCUCCUCCCGGGAAAAGCGGCUCUGCCGGCUCCCCGCGGGGUCCCGCACCGAACUCCCGACCCCUACUUCGUUUUGCAUUUAAAUGCCGAGAUCUGCGGUAGCGGGUGGGUCGGUGUCCGCUCGAGGCCGUCGGGAGGGCAGCGGCGCAGGCUGGGUUGGUGCCGAAGAGGGAGAAACCCCGAGAAGGCAGAGCCGAGGAGAGCGGGGAAAACUUUCUCUUCUGGGAAAGGGCAGGGGGUUUUGUCACCACUACCAGUGUGCGUCCAAGAUCCUCUCUUGAAAAAAGCGCCUUUCUCUUCUGUCCCACCCUUUGCAAAAUUGCUGCAAAAGAAGAGGCUGUUCAUGCUUGCAUUUAUUCCUCAUUAGUUCCCAUUCCUUUUCCUGAUGUGGCUCAUUUAGUCCAAAAUCUGUUUAGUAACUUUGAGGGAAAGUUUUAAAAGAAACUAAGUAUUUGGAGAAAGGCUCUCUCCCAGUCAAACUGUAGUGGUGCUGGGAUUUUCUUUGCGAAGCACAGAUUUGCAGGGCUCUGGGCGGCCCAGGACCAGCUAGCGCCCGCUCUGCUGGCUCCCAGCACCUCUCCCAUGUGCUGGGGAAAGGACAAGGAAACGUAGAGCCUCUUAGGGCAUCUGGGGCCAGACUCUCAGAUCAUCCAGCUCUCCCGGGCAUGACUGUAUCUUAUGGUUAAAGAAAGCAUCAUAUUAAAUAAUUUUGCAACAAAUCUUACCGCAUGCAAAACCUCAAGAGCUGUUGAAGUGCAGAAAGAUGCUCGUGUUUGACCACAGAGCUCUGCCAGCAAAAGACCAAGAGGAUUCCUUUGUCUUUUACUUCAGAUACUUGUCCAAAAAGAGUGACAAUGACUGAUUACCCCCAUACAAGUGCAAAAUCCACCAGUGAUCCUCACUUCUCAAGACUUCAUCUUUCCCAGAGAUAAAGUAACAGUAUCAAAGUGGACAGAGGAGCCAAAUCUUGACUCUUUCCUGCAUCUGGUGUGUGACUGGGAAAAUAUAACAGUAAUGCAAAGAGUGAUGACUUCUGAAUUUACAGGAAGGUGAUUUUAUUAUUUAUAGUACAAAAGAAUUUUGGACAGCUCUCUCUUUGCUCUGGAUUUCACCUGGUUGUGGGACUUUGGGAUGAAGAACAAAUUAUAUAGCACCAGGAGAGAUGGAUCUCUGUGGACCUGUGAACACUCAGUCCCAUCUGGAAGUCAGCCUAAGGCACCAACAGCUGUUGGUUUUCACUGGGUGUUUGCUGGGCAAAAGAAACCUAGACAAGAUAAUGAAGAUGGACAUCUUGGUUCAGAAAGUCUGCAAUGCAGGGAACACUUACUCUCUGUAAUACCUUCUGUUCCUCAAGGAGCCCCUCUGCACACAGGCUUGCUUAUGAAGACUUCUGUUCAGUUGAGGGACUGGGCAGCCACUGCCGAUGGCAGCUUUAGCAGAGGUUAGUGGGAGCCCCGGGGAAUUGCAUGCUCCUGAAGGCUGGCAGGUAUGUUGGGAUGAUGCUGCGGCAGAAGAACCGUGGUGAGCAAGGGCAGGAGGCCUCCUUGGCAAGGAGAUGGUACUCCUGCAAUGAGCAUCUGAGGAAGGGGACCUCCCAAGACAGAAGUGUUUAGUUACACAUCAUAUCCUGACUGUACCUGGGAAGUACAAUAAAGCUAGAGGCUCGCAGUUGUGCGUGCACACAGUGAUGUUUUUGUUCUGUCUGUGGUGUUAUGGUUCAUGUCCCACUGGCUGGUUCACUUCAUGGGUUAUCACUGAAAAAUUCUCAGGACUGAACAUGUGAAAAUAGUUGCAACCAAAAUAUAUGGUUUGCAGUUCCUUAUUAAUGACACGAAACGAGUGUUUACACUGUAGGAUGAUCAUUGGCUAAAAAAUAGGAAAACAUUUCUGCUACCUGUUUUUGAGAAGAUGCUGUUUAAAUCAGAAUAAAGCAAAAUCUGGUAAAAUUAAUGAAAAUUCAAGUAAAUCAAAUUUGUUUUGCAAGCUGAGUAUUAAAGGCAAG